AGCCCUGAGGAGCCCUGGCACACAACAGGAUGCUCCAGACCUUGUAUGACUACUUCUGGUGGGAACGGCUGUGGCUGCCUGCGAACUUAACCUGGGCUGAUCUAGAAGACCGAGAUGGACGUGUCUAUGCCAAAGCCUCAGACCUCUACAUCACACUACCCCUGGCCUUGCUCUUCCUCAUCGUUCGAUACUUCUUUGAGCUUUACGUGGCUACACCGCUGGCUGCCCUCCUGAACGUAAAGGAGAAAACUCGGCUGCGGGCACCUUCCAACCCCAUUCUGGAGCAUUUCUACGUGACUAGCGGCAAGCAGCCCAAACAGGCGGAGGUGGACCUUCUGUCGCGGCAGAGCGGGCUCUCUGGCCGCCAGGUGGAGCGCUGGUUCCGCCGCCGCCGCAACCAGGACCGGCCCAGUCUCCUCAAGAAGUUCCGAGAAGCGAGCUGGAGAUUCACAUUUUACCUGAUCGCUUUUAUUGUGGGCAUGGCCGUUAUUGUUGACAAACCUUGGUUCUAUGACAUGAGGAAAGUUUGGGAGGGAUAUCCCAUACAGAGCACCAUCCCUUCCCAGUAUUGGUACUACAUGAUUGAACUCUCUUUCUACUGGUCCCUGCUCUUCAGCAUUGCCUCUGAUGUCAAGCGAAAGGAUUUCAAGGAACAGAUCAUCCACCAUGUGGCCACCAUCAUCCUCAUCAGCUUCUCCUGGUUUGCCAAUUAUGUCCGAGCAGGGACUCUCAUCAUGGCUCUGCAUGACUCUUCUGACUACCUGCUAGAGUCAGCCAAGAUGUUUAACUACGCGGGAUGGAAAAACACCUGCAACAACAUCUUCAUCGUCUUCGCCAUUGUCUUCAUCAUCACCCGCCUGGUCAUCCUGCCCUUCUGGAUCCUGCACUGCACUGUGGUGUACCCACUGGAGCUCUACCCCGCCUUCUUUGGCUACUACUUCUUCAAUUUCAUGAUGGGAGUGCUGCAGCUGCUGCAUAUCUUCUGGGCCUACUUCAUCCUGCGCAUGGCCCACAAGUUCGUAACUGGAAAGCUGGUAGAAGACGAACGCAGUGACCGGGAAGAGACAGAGAGCUCGGAGGGGGAGGAGGCUGCAGCCGGGGGAGGAGCAAAGAGCCGGCCCCUAGCUAAUGGCCACCCUCUCCUCAAUAACAACCAUCGUAAGAAUGACUGAAACAUUGUCCCUGCUGCCCCUCAGAUUACUGCAUAAAGCCAAGGAACUACCCCACCCUCCCCACAGGGUCACUUUAAGCCCUGGGGAGAAAGGAGAAGAGGAGAGUGUUCUUCUCUGUGCCCCCACCCCCUGCUUCCCUGUCACCCAGUUGCCUUUAAGCCAAAUUCCACCCAGCCUGCCCCCAGGAAAGGGGAGGUCGGCUGUAUCCUUGGUUAGAGGGGGGAUGGUCUUAUUUUCCUCUCUAUUUUCCAAAUUGUCUGUUCUAUUUCAAGACCUUUCCUCAGUGCUGGGGAUGGGGUUACAACUCACAUUCCUUAUUCUUCAGAAUUGGGCCCUAGCUGUUUGCCUUUGACUCCCUGACCUCCAGAGCCAGGGUCGUGCCUUACUGUCCUACCUGUGGGCCUCAUUCUGCCAAAGCUGGACCAGGGCUCACCUUUCUAAGCUCCCUAACUCGGACCAGAAACCAAAGCUGAGCUGACUUUAACUUCUUCCCUCCUAAGAUACAAAUGAAUUGAGUGUAGGAGGGUGCACACGACCCUUAUCCUACCUCUGCCAAAAAGUGGGGGCCACACUGGGGACUACUCAGUCUUGUUACUUCUCGGCCAGCUGUCCUGCAGUUACAGGUCCAGGAUCUUACUGCCUCCUUUCUCUGGCCUCUUUCCCUAGGCUAGCUGGUUUGGAGUAGAAUGGCAACUAGUUCUAAUUUUUAUUUAUUAAAUGUUUGGGGUUUUGGUUUUAAAGCCAGAAUGACAGCUAGCACCUGGCAUUUCAGCAGAGGGACCACUUCAGACCAAAAUGUACUGUUAAUGGGUUUUUUUUAAUUAAAAUAUAUUAAAGAUUAAGUAAAACAUGGCAA